ACAUUUUGUUUCAUUAACUUCGCGUCUGUCUGUACUGCCCGUGUCCAUGGCCAAGUCAAUGAGUCUUCUGUGGGGGGCUGGAUCACCUCCCUGCUGGAGAGUUAUGAUCACUUUGGAAGAAAAGAAGCUGCAAGGCUACAAACACAAGCUGCUCUCUUUUGAGAAAGGAGAGCACAAAUCACAGGACGUUUUGGAGAUUAACCCGAGAGGACAGCUUCCUGCCUUCAAACAUGGAGACAACAUACUGAAUGAGUCGAGUGCAGCAUGUUUAUACCUGGAGAAUCAGUUCAAGUCUCAGGGCAUCAAGCUGAUCCCUGACAGCCCUGCAGAACAAGCGCUCAUGUACCAACGCAUGAUGGAGGGUCUCACCCUCACUGAUAAACUCAAUUCAGUCAUCUACUAUGACUUGUUGGUCCCUGAAGAGGAGAGACAUGAUUCUGCUGUGAAGAGAAACAGGGAAGGCCUUGCCACUGAGCUCAACCUCUGGGAGGGUUACCUGCAGAAGGUGGCUGCAGGAUCGUACCUGGCAGGUGGUUUCUCCUUGGCUGAUGUGAUCGUCUUUCCAAAUAUUGCUUAUGCUUUUCGUUUUGGGUUGUCUGCUGGGCGUUACCCUAAACUUGCCAAAUAUUACAGCCUGUUGAAGGACAGACCCAGCAUUAAAGCCAGCAGACCACCACACUGGCUGGCCAGCCCACAGGGUUAUGACAUCCUGAAGGAUCUCUGAAACACACUAACAUUGCCUCUACCAUGUUAUUGUAUAUGUGUAAGUUAGUUUAACAGUAAAAAUAAUGAAUUUAUACACCAACCAGCCACUGCAUUAGGUACAUCCAUCAUUUUUCGGUUUUGUUGAUACUGUCAUUUAUUUAGCACCUUUAAAAAACAGAGUUUACAAAGUGCUUUACAGAGCAGAGGACCCAAAAGAAGGCCACACAGGUUGAGACGUAAAACAUAACAGAUUCAAUGCCACAGAAACAGACAGUACAAUAAAAGAAAGAUUAUAAAAAUAAGAUUAAAAA